GCCGCAGGGCAGCUGCCUCUGUCCUCGGAUUGGAACAGAAGAAACUGUUGGAAAGCGGCGGCGCUGGCGCUAACAGUAACAGGUGCCUUUGUGACAACAUGAACUGAAAGAGAUGGCUGACAAACCGACACAAUGAAAUUCUAGAAUACAAAACGCAUAGCUGUUCUUACAACGAUGUUCGUUUUACAAAUUAUAUAUAUAUAUUCAGAACAAAAAACACACACGAAUCCCAAACUGGAGAGACAGCGGAACGAAUGGCUUACCCCUGUUGCCUUGGUAAUGAAGACUGUUCAGCAUUCCCGGUUGAGAUCAGGAGAGACGAUGUCGCUUUUUUAAACUGAAGAACUAGACUUUUUACACGUAUUUACUUCUUAUUUAUUCAGUUGUUGCCUACCUAUGAUGUCAUCGGAUUACCCACGUAAAAAUGACACUUCUAUUGUCACAAACAGCUUUAGUUUGUCAACCGGAUCUGGAAUGCAGGUUGGGGUGUCUGUGCUCGGAUCAUCUGUACACGAGACUCCAGCAAAAAGUUCUGCUACUGAAAGUAUUGGUUCCACUUCAACCGGUAACAAAAGUCUGGAUGAACUGAGACAGCAUCUGGAAAGACAGACCAGAGAGACACAGAGACUGCAGGAGGAGGUGGAACACGCAACGAAACUCACCAUGGAGAGAAUGGGCCGCUCGCUCGGAGGGACCUCUCAUGAGCAGCCAGUCAGCCUCAACUGUUCUGUGGAUAACUCUUUAAAUGCCCAGGACUUACUGACUUCCUGCCACAUACCUGUGUCAAAUCAUGAGCGACCCUACAGUAAAAACAGCAUGGCAUACAGGCCGGAGCCUGCAGCCACUGGGAGGAGCAUCUCCUUCCCUGGGAGGGAGCACCUGGAGCGGGCUCUUGAAGAGUACAGUCUGCAAGUCAAGGAGCUGCAAAGGAGGCUGAGUGAGGCCCAUGAACUCCAUGAGCAGCAGAAGUUUUACUUCCGCCAGUCCAGCAUCGAGCUGCAGACCAAACUGCGGGAGGUGCAGAUGGAGAGAGACUGCCAGGCUGAUAUCAGUGACACCAGAAAAAGGGAGUCAAAAGCCCAAGGUGACUUGAUCAGCAAGCUGCAAGUCACGUUAGAAGAGGCCACCAUCAGGGCGGAGCAGCAGCGGCAGAAGAGCGAGAUGCAGGAGAUGGUGCUGCAGGAGGUGCGCGCCUCGCUGCUCAGCUACCAGGAGCGCAGCAGUAGGAAAGUCUACGAGCAUGAGGACAUCGGCAGCCUGCCCUCCCACAACCUAGGUGCCGCUGUGGGAAAGGUGCUGCGCGACAUCGAAGCUGAGGUCUCCUGUCUCAAAGGGGAGCUCCUCCCGAUGGAAGACCAACGUGAUACUCUUAAACUGGAAUCUCAAACCAAAGGAGAUAUUAUUAUCAAACAGCACCAGGAACGGGUGGAGGAGCUCAUUCUUAGUCAUGAACAGGAGGUGGCAGCAUUGACUGAAAAACUGAACAAAUCUCACAUCAAUGCAGUCAGCAUCCAGAAACAGAUGACUAUCGUACAAGAUCAGGCAGCAAAUCAAAACGUGAUGUACUUGCGUCAGCUCACUGAGCUGGAGUCCACCGUCUCCCAACUGCGCUCUGAAUUACGAGAAGCCAAGAGAAUGUACGAGGACAAGAUGGAGGAUCUGGAGAAGAAGCUGAUCCUGGCUUACUCUGAGGUGGAGAGUGCUCAGAGCGAGCGGGAUGAGUACAGCCGGGAUUCCGGGGAUCUGGACACACAGCUCCACCAGCUGAUGACUGAUCUGCGUAAGACCCGAGAAGAGCUGAACAUGGAGAAGGAGCAGAACAAGCGUCUGUGGGAGCGAGAAUCUGGAAACAGCAUCACCAUUGAUAACCUGAGGAGGGAGCUGGAUGGCAGGAGCAUGGAGACGCAGCGAAUGGAAACCCUGAUUAAAAGCACGAAAGAGGAGUGCCGCGUCCUGAUAGACCGCCAGUUAGCGGCAGAGCAAGAUAAGAACGAGGUGCUGGAGAAAGCGUCCUCUCUAAAGAGCCAGCUGAAUGCCACCAAAGAGCAGCUCCAAAAAAUCACAGAGAGCCACAGGGUGUCCCAGGAGAAGGUGAGGCAGCUAGAGACCACCCUGGUGCAGACGGAGCGGGCCCUGGAGGAAAACCACAAGGAGAGGAGGAACCUGCAGCUGAAGCUGGAGAAGAGGAGCCAGGAGGUACAGCUGAAGCAGACAGAGAUUGAACACUACCAGGAGAAUCUGGAGAAGGGGCUGUGCUCUCUGCAGACCAUGAAGGUGGAGGCGGAGACGCUGAAACUGAAGCUGAGUGAAAAGGAGAAGAUGGUGGAGCUGGUGCAACAGCAGAUGGACAAUGUGACGAAACUCGCCGGACAGCACAGCCGCAACGCAGAGCUUAUGCACAGCGAGAAGACACAGCUUCAGAACGAGCUGAGCGAACGCAAAAUAGACAUUCAGCGUUUAAAGGCUGCAGUGGAGAAGCAGGAGGAGAGAGUUGGGGAGCUGGUGACUAGGGACUCUGAGAAGGAGCAGCAUCUCAAAGCCUUCACCCUGGAGAAGGAGAAGCUCACAGCAAAGCUCGAGGUCCAGGGCAGACAGCUUGACAGACUCACAGAGCAGCAUGAAGCACUGAAGAAGAGUCAUCACAGCAAAAUGAAGGAGAUGGAUAACGCCACAGCCAGAUUGAAGUCGCAGCUGAUGACAGCCAACGCCGAGCUGGAGAAAACGAAGAGCACACUGAAGACGCUGGAGGGAGCCGAUGGCCAUGCGGUGAAAGUUGCCAUGGGAAUGCAGAAGCAGAUCACAGCCAAGCGUGGGCAGAUUGAUGCUCUGCAGAGCAGGAUCCACUUUCUGGAGGAGACUGUCGAAAACAUUGCCAAGGAGAAACGUUUCAUGAAAUCUGAAAUCAACAGAUUGAACCUGGAGCUAACUAGUGUAUCAGCAGAGAAGAAAAAGUUGACGACAGAGGUAGAAGCCAUCCAGUCCUUGGAGAAACAUCUAAAGGAAAAAGUAAUCAGACUGGAGGAUGCCCUCUCAAAGACGUGUGAUCGGUUUGCUGAAUGCCAAGUCGGAAUCCAGCAACAGGAGCAGGAAUGUAUGCGUCUGAAACUGCAGCAUGCUUUGGAUGUGAAGGAACUUCAGGGUCCAAAGUACAGAACAUCACAGCAUCCGUCUGCUUACACUGCCAACCUGCCGAGCUCCCAGCUCACCUCCAGAUACCUCUCUGCACCUAAAACCACAGCUCUGCAAGAAGACCCAGCGCACGAUAUAAAGAAGCUUCUGAAGGAGCUGAGGAGCAUGAUCCAGGAAGACCGCAACGCCUCGGCUCCUGCCAAGAACAGCACUGAUGUGGAAACUCCCGCGUCCCCAUGGGGAAGCAAGGAUGUAAUAGAUCCCCUAACCUUGCAUACUGUGGACCUUGAAGAUGAACUCAGUAUAAACACUCUGGGGCCUGAGGGAUAUGAACCCUCCUUUAUUUCUGUGGCCCCCCGGUUCACCUCCUCUCCCAGGAAGCAUUUUCCAGAGCCCAGGUCUCCAGUGCACUCCCUGCUCACUGCCCCGCUGAGCAGCAGACCCCAGCAGCCAGGACGUAGCGGAGGAGCUCCCAUGGAGGAAGGCAGCAUAGGACACCAGCAGGUAGAAAUGACUGGACAGGCCUGUGUGAAGCUGCAGGGCAGACUGGACAGCCUGCAGAACCUGGUUGAAGAUCUACAGAUUAAAAAUCAAGAAAUGUCCUCCAUGAUCCAAAAUCAAGAGAAAAGGAUCAAGAAAGUGAAGGACCGGGAGAAGCUGUCAACUAACUGAAGGGAAUUAAAUCAUUUUGAUGUUUCCAAUGUUUGCAAUUAUCAACUGUGGUAUCUUUUAAAAUCAUCUACCUAAUAAACCAGAUGAGUUCAAGUGCCUUAGAAAGAAAUAUAAAAGUGUUAUUUUUACAUAAAGAGUAGAACUAUUUAAGUUGUAUAAAUUUGCAAGAACUGGUUUUAUGUGGGGUUUUUAUAUAUAUAUAUAAAAAAAAAUAAUGACACACACACAAAAGCACACACACGUUUUGUAUUUUUUUAUCUUUAAUACAAUUUUACAAGUUAAACAAUA